AUGAAGCGGGUGAAGGGCAUUGAGAACCCGGCUUUCCUGAACUCCAGCCCGGACGCCCCGCGCCGUUUCUCUGCAUCGCCCUCUCUCGUCGAGGUGUCCGUCUCGUCCGUCAACACCCCCCCGGAGAAUUCGCUGCCGCACGAGCCCCCGGCGCCCCCGAAGUCACGGGAGCCGCCUCUGCCUGCAGCAGCUCCCCCUGGCUCCCGAGAGCCGUCGGGGCCGGAGUCGCGGUCGGAGUUCGAGGGGCCCUGCGGGUGGGGGAACUUCCAGCCCCGGUGUUUCCAGCUCUGCAACACGCCCCAGGGCUUUCUGGUCCACUACUGCCUCUUGGCCCUCACCCAAGGUAUUGUGGUAAAUGGCCUAGUAAAUAUUAGCAUUUCCACUAUUGAGAAGCGCUAUGAAAUGAAGAGUUCCCUGACCGGCCUGAUAUCAUCAAGCUAUGAUAUAGCAUUCUGUUUGUUGUCUUUAUUUGUUUCAUAUGUUGGCGAGAGAGGACACAAACCAAGAUGGCUUGCAUUUGCAUCCUUUAUGAUUGGACUGGGAGCACUUGUCUUUUCACUGCCAAAAUUUUUUAGUGGAAAAUACCAAUUGGGGUCCCCUUUUGAAGAUACUUGUACAAUAGCAAGGAACAGAACCAGUUGUACCUCUUCAAGUUCUUCGCUUUCCAACUUCUUGUAUGUCUUCAUCUUGGGACAACUAUUGCUGGGGACAGGAGGAACUCCGCUCUAUACCCUGGGAACAGCCUUUCUUGAUGAUUCUGUGCCCACACACAAAUCUUCUCUCUAUAUAGGAAUUGGCUAUUCUAUGUCAAUAUUAGGCCCUGCUAUUGGCUAUGUGCUGGGAGGACAGCUGUUAACCCUAUACAUUGAUGUUGGUUUGGGACAAAGCACUGAUAUCACUGAGGAUGAUCCGCGAUGGCUGGGGGCGUGGUGGAUUGGAUUUAUUAUGGCUUGGCUCUUUGCUUGGUGUUUGAUAAUACCUUUUUCAUGUUUUCCAAAACAUUUACCAGGUACAGCAAAAAUUCAAGACGGAAAAAUUUCCCAGACUCAUCAGAGUACUUGUUCCUUAGAACAUACAGAUGAGAAUUUUGGAAAGAGUUUUAAAGAUUUUCCAGCUGCUCUAAAGAAUUUGAUGAGGAAUACUGUCUUUAUGUGUUUAGUUUUAUCAACUUCUUCAGAAGCCUUAGUUACUACUGGAUUUGCUACAUUUUUACCUAAAUUUAUAGAAAAUCAAUUUGGAUUUUCAUCCAGCUUUGCAGCUACCCUUGGAGGGGCUAUUUUAAUUCCUGGAGCUGCUCUUGGUCAGAUUUUAGGUGGUGUUCUUGUUUCAAAAUUCAAAAUGACGUGUAAGAACACAAUGAAGUUUUCUUUGCUUACAUCUUUAAUUGCACUUGUGCUGAGUUUUGUAUUUGUUUAUGCCAGCUGUGAAAAUGAGCCAUUUGCUGGUGUGUCUCAGUCAUAUAAUGGGACAGGAAACCUGGGAAACUUGACCACUCCUUGUAAUGCCAAUUGCAACUGCAUGCGGUCACAUUAUUACCCUGUCUGUGGCAGAGAUGGAGUUCAGUAUUUUUCUCCCUGCUUUGCAGGUUGUAAAAGUUCUGAUUCAAAAAGCCGUCCCGAGGUAUAUUACAACUGUUCCUGUAUUGGAAUGAAAACAGAAAUAUCACCUCUGGCAGCAAGUUUUGGUUUUGAAGCUAAAGCUGGAAAGUGUGAAACUCGAUGUACCAAUUUGCCCAUAUUCCUCGGCAUUUUCUUUGCUGCAGUUAUUUUUACUUUUAUGGCUGGUACCCCCAUAACUGUGUCCAUCCUAAGGUGUGUUAAUCAAAGGCAACGGUCUCUAGCAUUGGGAAUUCAGUUUAUGAUGCUUCGAUUAUUAGGCUCUAUACCUGGACCGAUUAUAUUUGGUGUCACAAUAGACAGCGCAUGUAUUCUCUGGGAUGUUAACGAAUGUGGAGUUAAAGGAGCUUGCUGGAUGUAUGAUAACAUCAGGAUGGCCCGUCUGCUAGUGGCUAUAAGUGUUACUUGUAAAGUUAUCACCAUUCUCUUCAAUGGGCUUGCAGUCUUUUUCUAUAAACCGCCACCAGUAGAAACAGAUGUGUCGUUUCACGGUUCGAGUGCAGUUUUGACCGCUGUUGCAGUGGAAUGUGACCUCACCAAAGCAAGAAAUGAGGGAUGA